UAGUCAGAGUCAACCCUUCUCGUUAUGUGAUGUCUGAAAUAAUUAGAUAUAUAAAGGUUAAAUUGUAAACUGUAAUAUGAAAACGAUGCAUGAUCUUGAUUCCGUUGAAAAAUAUGUUUAUCGAUUGAACGAAGCUUGUAUUGCCACGUGGAAGUCAGAACUGACACAUUUGCUGACGUCACUGCAAGAACGCUCUAACAUUAAAACUCACUUUCAUCUCAUCGAAGAGGCAAAACACACACACACGAAGAAGCAUGAGAAGAUCUGACCCCUUGACUUUUUCCGGCGUUUUGCCGAUUGUUUUCUUGCUAAUACUAUCAGCGGCGGAGCUCGCGGCGGGCCAAGGACCGCCGCCGCCUGCUAAUAGAAAUGAAAUGUAUAACAACUACGGCAGGGUGAGUCCCGCCUUGGCGGUGAUCGUCGUGAUCCUCGUCGCUGCUCUCUUCUUUAUGGGCUUCUUCUCCAUCUACUUCCGCUCCUGCUCCGGCCUAGUCGACCCCGGCGCCUCCCCUGCUGCUGCUGGUGGGGUUAGAUCCAGAGGAACCGUCACCGCAGCGGCGCGUGGACUCGACGUUUCGGUGUUGGAGACUUUCCCGACGUUCGUGUACUCGGAGGUGAAGACUCAGAAGCUCGGGAAAGGGGAGCUUGAGUGUGCGAUCUGUCUGAACGAGUUCGAAGACGAUGAAACGCUGCGUUUGCUGCCUAAAUGUGAUCAUGUCUUUCACCCUCACUGCAUAGACGCGUGGCUUGAGGCUCACGUUACUUGCCCUGUUUGCAGGGCUAAUCUCUCUGAGGGAGAACCGGUCGAACCGGAUGUUGAAUUACAGGAGGUGGCGGUGAAUCCCGAACCGGUGGUUGAUUCUCCUGUACCGGAACAAUCGGUUAUAACUGAAGUCGAUUCGAGGAGACUACCUGGAGUACCGGUGGAUAUCAAACGAGUGAAGUUCUCGAGAUCGCAUACGACCGGGCACUCGGUGGUUCAACCGGGAGAAUGUACCGAGCGGUUUACUCUCCGGUUACCGGAAGAUGUGAGGAAGAGGGUGAUGGAGAAUUGGAGACUAAACCGGUCUGGUAGUCUUGUGGCUCUUCCUAGGGGAGGAAGUUCAAGGAGAGGUAAACCAUCAAGGGCUCGGUCUGAUCGUUGGUUGUUCCGUAAAACGCCGUCGUUUAUGUGGAGGAGCCGUGAUGAUGGUUCGAUUAGGCUAGGUUCUACCCGUAGUAUUCGAGCCAAUGUGUCGAAUUCAACCGGUGAGUCCACACGGUCGGACCGGUGGGCUUUUCUUAGAAACGGGUCGUUGUUGUGGAGGAACUCUUCGGUACAUAAGGGAGGAGUCAAUAAGGACGGCGAAGGAACUUCGGUUAAACCGCCCGGUACAGGUGGCUCAACUAGCGGUUCGAUGAGAUUACCGGUUUAGUUGACUUUUCUUUUGUAGCUGUACCUACAUUUUUCUUAUCUUUUUCAUUUUUGUUUUGUAUGGGAUUGUUUAUAAACACGCAAUACAUUUUCCUUUAUUUUUUAAAUUGUUAAUUUUG